AUGGGCAACUCUUCAUUAAUCUGUAUAAGAUUAAUUGUCAAUGAUUUGAACGAUGACGAAUCGACAGUUUGUCCUAUGGUAUUUAGUGUUGAUGAUGUGUUGAAGUUGAGAAAACUUGGGAUAUGUGGUAUAUUGUCUGGUACUUUGCCUACAGCCACACAACAAAAUAUUUUUCUUUCAAUCCCUCUGAAACUUAUGGUUGAAGAGACUAUAUGGCUUGUAUUGCAUGGGUAUGCCAAGUUGGACUUGAUCAAGGGUCCUAUGUCAAGACAUUUUAAUUCUAUAUUGGAAUCGAAAAGUGACCAGUUGUGGGAAAUAUCUAGGAAGAAACUGUUACAAUCUUUUGAAUUACAAAGGGAAUAUAAAAAAGAACAACAUGAAUUGAAGUUGAAACAACUGGGGCUUGAACAAUCUAAAAAUGACGUUUCUGCCACGUCAAGUAGUAAUGAUAAUAAUAAAUUUAUAGAAUCUUCGUUAUUUGUGGAAACAUCGAAUGUUUCUUCGAUACUAGAUUACUCUGUCGAUGAAAAGCGUGAAAUUACAAAAUCUUCUACAAGCACGGACUUAUUGCAUUAUCUCAUAACGAAUUAUAGUACUUGGAAUAAUUAUUUAUUAUACCAAUCACUAAAAGAACAAAGUUAUGUAAUGCUACCUGGUGGUAGAUUUGGUGGACUGUACAUUGCAUACCCUGGUGAUCCACUAAGGUAUCACUCUCAUUUAACUAUAGAUUCGGCGCUAGACUAUUACAAUGAUCCAAUCGAUUUCAUUUCAUUGACAAGUGGUGCAAGAUUGGGUACUGCUGUCAAGAAACUGUGGGUUAUCGGGGGUGUUAAAGAGAAUAAAAAUCAUACUAUGAAUGAGACAAUAAAUGUUGAAGAUAGUGGCCUACAUUCACUAAAAUUGGGUACUAUUACUACGUCAUUCUUCUCUAUUGAAUGGGCUGGAUUUGGCUAA